AUGCUGCAGUGUGAUGCUACCGCUGCGAGUCGAGCCCUCUUCUUCACGCCUCUUACUAGACGGUCUCCCGCUUUCCUCCUGCGUUCCUGGUGUUUUCCCCUUGUCUCUCCAGCCGACGAAGCUCUAUAUCAAUUUGUCAUUUCCUUUUUUUUUCUUUCUCUGAUGUAUAUCUACUUUGUUGUCCAUCGUCCUCGUCGUAGGUCUUUUUCAGCGUCAAAAUCCACCAAAAUAUCAACUUCUACCAAAAUCUCCACCGAUUCAGCUUCACCUGCUCGUCAACUCACCAUCUCUCCAGCUCUCCAGCUCGUCAACUACUCGCCACAUAUCGAACCUCAAGCGUCCCUCGCCGCGGUCUGGAGCUGUCUUUGCGCUCUCGCUGGGCCCCCGUCGCGAGCUGCCUGCUGCCCGCCGCAGAGUAAUGGACCUUCGCCUGACGCAGACGCAGCCCCUACAGCCCGUCCGCCUGCUCGAGCUGCCGCCCGAACUGCUAGACCUGCUCGAAUCAGACCACCCUCCACAGUGCGUAUCCUGCUCCGGCUCGUCCGUCUCGUUGGGCUCGUCUAUGCCGUCCCUUCUUUGGCUGCUGCUGGUGCUGACGCUGACCCUCCUAGGCUGUGCCUGAAGUCAUCUGCGCCCACAUCGACAGCCUCCACCACCACUACGACUACGACCACUUCUGCUACUACGACUUCUUCUGCUUCUACGACUACGACUACGACUACGACUGCGUCCUCACGGCCGGGAGCUGACUUCGUGAACCUGUGCACGCCGGCAAAGACCUUCUCGCUACGCCAGGUCAACUCCUCCAAUUCCGUCUUCCUGAUCAGGCCCCAGGUAGAAGGGCCAGGCACAGCUCCGACGACGACGCCGACGACGACACCAGGCAUCACGGCCGUAGCACAGUGCAAGUCGACACUCGAAGUCCAGGCCAUGGCCUCCUCCGAGACAGCCCUCCGGCCCCUGCUGGCCGCCCUCGCCGUCUACGACGAAAGCGACAUCCUCAUGGACGAGCGCACCGAGGAGGACGACCACCCCCUCUCCCCCUCGGAGAUCGUCCAUGAGCGCUCCAAGGUCUUCGCAGACAUACCCUUCUCCCGCGCCGAGUGCGAGCGCGCCUGGAAACACAUCUGCGCAUUCGUCCACAAGAACAAAGAGUCCGGUGCGAUCGGGUGUCAUCGUCCCUCGGCCAGGGCAAAGCUCAUGGCCUGGGAGAAGAUCAUCGAGGGCGCAACCCUCCAUGGCAUCGAUCUCGGCAAACAGUUCCUGGUCGAGGACCUGUGGAGUGCCGUCAUAGAAGAGGCCGAACACACCGUUAUCGACGAGUAUCCGUUUCCUCGCUCGCUGUUUGACGCCAUUGUGCGUAGGCUGGUGGAUAAUUCGCCCAUUGAUGGGGACCUGAAGUGGGCAAAUCUCGAUCAGCAUAUAACAGCCCAAUGGACGGCAGAGCUCCUCCUCGAGUCGUCUAACGGGACCCCCAAGGCUGUCCUGAACGUGGAUACCUUCUCCAGCGACUGGAAGGAUCUCUUGCCCGAGCAAUUCAGAUCAUAUGCGUCUAUCGACAAUCUGGAUGUACGUUUGUAA